UUUUCUCACAGCGGUGAGCUGUGUAGCCAGUGUAGACGCGGCCGGAGGAGUCCCCGCAGUGUGAAGCACAGUUUCCAGCAGAUUACCGUAAUUUUGAGCGAAGGACAACACGAGAGGAAAACUAGUGAGAUAAACGUUUUUUUUUGUACUGAUGCUGGGACGUUGUUAAGCGGUUAGUACAUUUACAGUGUGCUUCAGGACUUCUCUCCGGCUGACCAAUGCUUCUGCAUCAGUUCAUGAACGGAGCCCUGGAAGUCAUGCAUCCCCCAUCGCUUCAGAAAGACACUACUUUUACCAAGAUCUUUGUCGGCGGGCUGCCGUACCACACAAACGAUGCCUCACUGAGAAAAUACUUCGAGGCCUAUGGGGACAUUGACGAGGCUGUGGUGAUAACGGACAGACAGACCGGUAAAUCCAGAGGAUAUGGCUUUGUGACAAUGACUGACAGAGGAGCAGCAGAGAGAGCCUGCAAGGAUCCCAACCCUAUAAUUGAUGGCAGGAAAGCCAAUGUCAACCUGGCCUACCUGGGUGCCAAACCCCGCAGCAUACAGACCGGCAUAUCCAUCGGAGUGCAGCCCAUUCACCCAGCACUCAUCCAGAGGCAGUAUGGGAUGGCGCAGCCGUACGUCUACCCACAAGCCUUUGUGCAGCCCAGCUUGGUGCUGCCCACUCAGGUAUCCUCCUCUGUCAGCACCAGCCCAUACCUGGACUACAGCGCGGCCUACACCCAGUACGCCCAGGCAGCCUUUGAGCAGCAGUACCCGUAUGCCGCCUCCCCAGCUGGCUUCUUGGGCUACAGUUACACCACCAGCCCCCCAGCCACUGCUGGUCCGGCCGCCGCCGCCACAGCUCCGGCCACCGUACACCCCACCCUCCCCUCCGCCGCUGGCCCAGCCCCGGCCUUCCUGCACUAUGCCCCACAGCAGCACAUCCAGCCGGACCGUAUGCAGUGAGCUGAUGAAGGAAGCGGACAAGAGGGAGCAGUGGAAGAGGAGUGAGUAGUGGUCACGGACCAUAGGACGGAGGAUGGCAAAAAAUGCCCUACAGGGUAACCUGCCUACCGUCAGCAGGGGCUUCCAGGAAAAAGAGUGGGACUAUUGCACUAUACGAUCAGGAUGAGCAGUUUGCUCAUUGGUUAAAGGGUAAAAGGGGGUGGGAGGGUUGGAGGACUGUUGAGGUUCAGGGAAGCUAAACAGCAUAAAGUAUGUGGUCUCUUCCAAGAGCUUCCAGAAGCUGACACUUCAUUUUUUAUUAUUAUUAUUAAUUAUUAUUUUAUUGUCCUUUAUUAUUGUAUUAAUGUCAUUGUCAGUGUUUGUUUGUAUGCCAUUAUUAUCAUUGUUAUCAUGUUGUUAGCUCAAUCAAUGGAAGUUGUGUGUCCAUGGUACAUAUUGAUGACUAGAGAGCUGCCUGGGACAUGUAACACCUCUUUCCUCCCAACUCCAGAGUGUCUGGUGUGGAUUUAGGGUAAGGGCACUGCUGCUUUAGGACACUGGGGGACAGUCAGAAAUGUGGGGUGCAGGGUGAGACAGGGUGGUGAUUUUGCGAGGCAUAGAGCCAGCCUGUCCGCCUAUCUGUGUUCCCAUCCUGGUGCCAUCAGCAGUGAGGUAGAGCACUGACCCAUGAACAAACCUCAAGCGUUCAGCUCCACACAGGAGGACGACGAGAGAUUUCACCUCAAGGACAAACAGAAAGUUUCAGUAUAUAAGACAGUGAGACAGCUCCAUUGUUUGUGUUUGAGGCUGUGAUGUCAGGACUACACUAUUUUUUAUCAGUUUCAUUUAAGAGGCCUUAAUUAAAAAAAAAAAAAAAAAAAAUCCUUUUUUUGAAUCUCCUGACUUUUCAAGCACCCACAC